AUGCUGGCGUCCACGGCCGUGACUCUGAGCGUCGGCGCUCUGCUCGUCUGCUCUGCGCUCAUCCAGUGUUCAGUGUUCUUGGAUCGGUCGGCGGCCGGACAGAUCCUGCGCUCCAGGAGGCGACGAGCCAACUCGCAUUUCCUGGAGGAGAUGCUGCCCGGGAACCUGGAGCGGGAGUGUUACGAGGAGCGCUGCUCGCUGGAGGAGGCCACAGAGAUCUUCCAGACCCAGGAGAAGACGAUGGAGUUUUGGUACAGAUACACGAAUCUGAACCCCUGCCGGACCAACCCCUGUCUGAACGGAGGCAAAUGCACGCUGGACCGAGGAGACUUCAUGUGUCUUUGUCCUCCCCAGUAUCAGGGCAAGAUCUGCGACUCAGGUAACAAACACCUGAAACUCAGCUACACCACCUUUAAAUCGAGCAAAUGA